CUGUGUGUUGGGUAGCUUAAAGCAUACCGUUCGUUGUGUCGCGCUGCUCAAUAGUACUGCGACCGUGGACGGAGUCGCACGCGUCUACAAGGUGGUCAACUCUUGCAUCACCCCGCCGAGCAAGUACCGAUUAGCUCUAGCUAAAAAACCGGCUUUUGUGGGGGCUCAGUGGAUCAGUUAUUGUUUUGUUUUCUUGUUAAUACAAGGAAACGUACCUUGUGUUAAUUACUGCAGACGAUGCGUUCCCGAGGUGCUCGUCCGCUGCUGAUAGUGGCGGUAGGAUGCUGUCUGCUGGGUCUGGCUGCAGCGCAGGACGAUCUGGAUGCUCUGUUCUUGCAGGUGUUCAAUCUGACGGACCCGACACCAGCGCCAUCUGCUACAUCGGCUGCUCCAGUGACUCCGGCUGCUCCGGUGGCUCCGGUUCCCUCUCAAGGAGCCGCUGCGACUCCUGAGAGGCAGUAUACUUGCACCGGCGAGUGCGUCCAGUACUAUCUGUGCAGUGACAAUCAGAUCAUCACCGAUGGUGCCGGAAUUAUCGAUAUUCGCGUCGGUGAGGAUCCGGAGGAGGAGAGUGAGUGCCCGCACUUCCUGAACACCUGCUGCGAGAAGGAUUCGGUGUUGAUCGAUCCACCAGCCUCGUUGACAACACCGAAACCACCACCGGAACAGCACCGUCCGACCUGUGGUUUCCGCAAUGCCGAGGGCAUCGGAUUCCGCAUCACCGGCAACAAAGCUGGCGAGGCUGAGUACGGUGAGUUCCCGUGGAUGGUGGCGGUGCUGCGCGAGGAGCGCGUGAUCGACAGCAAUCUGAAUGUGUACGAGUGCGGUGCCUCGUUGAUCGCCCCGAACGUCGUCCUCACGGCGGCCCACUGUGUGUUCAACAAGCAGCGCGAGCAGCUGUUGAUUCGGGCGGGCGAAUGGGACACCCAGACACGGAAUGAGCUGCACCCGCACCAGGAUCGCCGUGUGGCCGAGCUUAUCACGCACGAAUCGUUCAACAAGGGUUCGCUGGCGAACGAUGUGGCGCUGCUGAUACUGAACGAACCGUUCCAGCUGGCCGAGAACGUGCAACCCGUCUGCCUGCCACCGAAGGAUGCCAAGUUCGAUCAGAGCGAGUGCUUUGCGUCCGGCUGGGGUAAGAACAUCUUCGGCAAGGAGGGCAAGUAUCAGGUGAUACUGAAGAAGGUCAAGCUGCCGGUCGUACCGAAUGGCAAGUGUCAGGAAUCGCUCCGGACGACUCGUCUCGGUCGUCGGUUUGUGCUGCACAAUAGUUUCCUCUGUGCCGGUGGCCGAACGGGUGAGGAUACGUGCCGUGGUGAUGGUGGUUCACCGCUCGUCUGCCCGAUUCCCGGCUCCCCGACGUACUACUAUCAGGCCGGUAUCGUUGCGUGGGGUAUCGGUUGCGGUGAGAAUGGCAUCCCGGGCGUGUACGGUAAUGUCCCUUACUUCCGAGAAUGGAUCGAUAAGCAGCUGCAGACGCGCAACAUCGCUGCACGGGACUACAUCUUCACUGCUCCCUAAGGAUUGCGCGAUCUCUCAACGCAAACGAUCGCUGUUCGCUGUAUCGCAUUAAUAGAACUCCAAUAAACAUGGUAAUCAAUCAGCGAUUGUGUUUAAGGUGC